AUGGGGCUAGUUAAACAGGUAGUCAAAGUGCUGGGACCACGAAUCGACAACGUCGUGUGCUGCACACCACUUCCUACAGCUCAGGAAAUAGCCGAAUUUCCAGAUCUUUUCUCGGAAGGUGAUAUUGUCCCCACUGGCCAGUCAGAGCCCAAACUUCACACUUUUCAUGGUCCUCGAACUAACGAACCGAAUGACGAAGUUAUCAAGUCCUCCUUAAUGAUGGCUCAAAUUGCCAGCAAAAUGAACGCCGAUGAUAUGCUGAUUGUUUGCAUCACUGGUGGUGGGUCAGCACUGCUGACACUGCCCUAUCCAAUCAACGCAUCUGCGAGUCUUCUUGAUGCAUCAGCCAAUCGGUUGCCACUAAAGGCAAUAACUGAGACUUCAAAGCUUCUUUCACUUGAAGGCGCAUCCAUUCAAGAGCUAAACAGCGUUCGCAGCUGUCUAGACACAAUGAAAGCCGGAGGAUUAGCAAGAUUCGCUUCCCCGGCGCAGGUCGUGAGUUUGAUUCUCUCGGAUGUGAUUGGAGACCCACUCGAAUUCAUUGCCAGUGGCCCAACCUACGUGGUGGAGGAGGACACAGUUGUCUCUUCAAUUGACCGGGCUAUUGCCAUUCUCCACAAAUACAAGCUUCGUGAAAAGAUACCAAGUGAGGUAAAAAAAUUCUUGGAGAUGCGACAGCGUGCCAAUACCAUUUUGCCCAAGGUCAACCCAAAACCGGCCAAUCGAAUCAUCGGAAAUCUUGCCAUGUCUUUGGAGGAGGCGGCACGGGAGGCUGCCAAAUUAAAUCCCACGUGCUUAGAGUCCAAAGGCAUAGUGCUUUCAAAGGAUAUCUUCCGUAGAACACCAGUGGAAAGCUUUGAGACCGUUCUGCCCAUUAUUCUCACCAACACAUUGGCCGGCGACGUAAGCAAAAAAGCCAAAGCCAUUGCUGAUCUUGCAUGGGACCUUCGGAAGCUGGUUCAGUUGUUCCUACGUAAACCCGACUACACUACGAGACACGUUAAUGAGGAGACGAGAAACCGAAUCCUGGCGACGCAGAAACGCAUCACAGAUAAGAAAGAAUACUACCGUGACCUCGUGCAAGGGUGCUAUCAGGUCGCAAAGGCAGUCAACGGCCUGGGCGAUGCUGGGCGGAAACAGAAGGGACGCUUUCUUGGAGGUCUUUGUCUUCUUCUUGGUGGUGAGGCCACCGUCAAGGUUAGACCUGUGAAGCGCCCUGAGCCCGCCAACGGCGGACGAUGCAGCCACGCGGCACUCACAGCCAGCCUUCGCUGGUACGACCUCCGCAGUGGUGAAAAUGAGCAUCAUCUGUGCCGCAACACCGUUGAUAUGUCCUUCUUUGCAAGAGCGUCUGAUGGGCUAGACGGUCCCUCGGCGUUCGGUGCUGGUGCGUGGUCGUCUAUGUGGAUGAUUAGGGAUGCAAGUGAAGCCGAGUUUGCGAAACAGUGUCUUGAGUACGGCGACUCCUAUGGAUUCUUCACGAAGAGCAAGCUCGAACCGGAGAGGGGACACUACCUGCCUGCAAGACUCACCGGAACUAACGUAAUGGACCUCUUCAUGUGCCUAAUCAAUGUCUACGCUUAG